GUGUUUACCAAAUGAGUAAAUAAUCUACCUCCCCAGUCUCCUCUCUCUUGUCAUUCCGGUCGGCAGCUUCACACGGCACACGAAAACCAGCGACCUCCUUCCACCAGAAGCUCUCUGUUUUGUAGUUGAGAGAGAUUCCUUUUACUAUGAUUUGAUGAAAGCUUCAUUUAUCUCUUAAUCAAGUUCGUGUCUUGAUUAUGAACUUUAUAGUUUGCCGUGCGUCAAGUCAAGAAUGGGUAAAGCUUCAAGGGACAAGAGGAAAAGCAAAAGAAGAAGGAUGGCGAGCUCGAAGUGCCUUUAAGCUCCUUCAAAUUGAUGAGGAAUUCAAUAUAUUUGAAGGGGUGAAGAGGGUAGUGGACCUUUGUGCAGCACCUGGUAGCUGGAGUCAGGUUUUGAGUAGGAAGCUGUAUCUCCCAGCAAAGCUUACCCCUGAUUCAAGGGAUACCGACAUUCCUCUUAUAGUGGCUGUCGAUUUGCAGCCAAUGGCUCCAAUAGAAGGAGUUAUUCAAGUGCAAGGUGACAUAACCAAUGCAAGAACAGCUGAAGUGGUCAUUCGACAUUUUGAUGGAUGUAAGGCCGACUUGGUUGUUUGUGAUGGUGCACCUGAUGUUACUGGACUUCAUGACAUGGACGAGUUUGUUCAAUCUCAGCUCAUACUGGCGGGUUUGACAAUUGUCACUCACAUAUUGAGGAAGGGAGGAAAAUUUAUUGCAAAGAUAUUCCGCGGCAAAGACACGAGUCUCCUUUAUUGCCAGCUGAAACUAUUUUUCCCCAAAGUGACAUUUGCAAAACCAAAAAGCAGCCGUAAUUCUAGUAUUGAGGCAUUUGCAGUUUGUGAGGAUUACUCACCUCCUGAAGGAUUCAGUGAGAAGGAUUUAUAUCGUCUUCUGAAGGAGAUUGGCAGUCCGUCUGGAGCGGAUGAUCUAGUCCUUCCAAUCACCACCCUUGUACCAUUGCUGGUAGCCUGGUACCAUGGUAUCCGCCAUCUCUUAGCUGUGAAUCCUGGACAUGGUGAAGUCAAGCUUGCUCCUUUAUGUGGACAAAAUAAUUAAACUGGGGACGUUUCAAGCUUCAUAAUUUUUUUCCACAGCUAUCUUGGGAACCUUUUUGUUGGUCGUGAGAGGAUAACGAUAAUCAGGUAUGAAAAAGAAGCUUCCGGAUAUAGUCUCGAUCCCAUAUGCAGUUCUGCACUGAGACGAAGGAGAGUGAAGAAAGUGGGUGGGCCGUGGAUGUAGGGCCCAACAUAAAAGAAAAAGCUUACGGAUAAUAAUGUAUAGAUAAAAUAUGGGACUUUCAAAAAAGAAAUAUGUAUAGAUUAGCAUGGGAGGGGAGAGUAUUCGAGAUUGGAUGACCCUCAGGACCAAGAAUUGAGGUACAGAUGUAGUUGGUCCACCAGUGGUUGGAGUGGCUGCAAUAGGAGUUUUAACUACUGGGUGCCCACACUUCUCCCUAUCUUACUUCCAUCAAUAUUACCUUUAUUGAAUAGUCCUUUUGAUGAUAGAGACUGAUUGUCCUCUUUUCAAUUGAAGAAGAGCAAAAAAUCAAACUAUGGCCUUAUUAUCCAUUUCUCUCUAAUAGUAAGAUGUCAUACCCUACUUAAAGUUACUUGAUCGUUAUAUGUAGAAAUGGAGAACCUUUGUAAUCAUGAUAUAUGAAACGGUGAGACAUGCUUUUCGUACAGUGUAUUUCAUAGUCUUUUACCUUUUCGUCGGUUCAUGUGCAUUUUCAUCAUCAAUAUUACAAGAAUGUUACUGCAA